AUGGACUCAAUGAUCUUGGUGAGAGUGCUGGCAGCAGCACACGUUGAGCCAGCAGCUGCACGAUGGCCUCCCCUGCUUCCACCAGCCAGGCUUUCCAUUAGGAUCAGGAGGGAGCCCAGGCACCUUGCACUCCCCAACAUGCCACUUGUGAAGUCUGUGAGUUUAACUCCCUGGCUGGUUGAGGACCGUUUUGAUACCACUGUCAAGAUGAGCACCUACCUUGUGGCCUUCAUUGUUUCGGAUUUUAAAUCCAUCAGCAAAACAACCCGUCAUGGAGUUAAGGUCUGUGUGUACACGGUGCCAGACAAGAUCAGCCAGGCUGACUGUGCCCUGGAUGCAGCAGUCAAGCUUCUGGACGUCUGUGAGGAUUACUUCAGCAUCCCAUAUCCUUUACCUAAACUAGAUUUAGCAGCUAUUCCUGAUUUUCAGUCUGGUGCUAUGGAGAACUGGGGACUGACCACAUGCCCAGAAUCAGCCUGGUUGUAUGACCCUGGGAAGUCCUCAGCAGCUUCCACACUGUGGAUCACGAGUGGAACAGCUCCUGAGCUGGCUCAUCAGUGGUUUGGCAACCUGGUUACCAUGGAGUGGUGGAAUGACCUCUGGCUGAAUGAAGGGUUUGCCAAGUUCAUGGAGUUCGUGUCAGUCAGUGUUACCCACCCAGAGCUGAGAGCUGAAGACUGUUUCCUGAGCAGAUGUUUUGAUGCCAUGGCUGUGGAUUCAUUGAAUUCAUCACAUCCUGUAUCUACCCCUGUGGAAGAUCCAGCUCAGAUUUUAGAAAUAUUUGACAGUAUUUCUUAUGAGAAGGGAUCUUGUAUAUUGAACAGGCUGAGGGGCUACCUGACUGCUGAUGAGUUCCAGGCUGGGCUUCUGCAGUCCCUGCAGAAAUACAACUGUCAGAACACCAGAAAUGAAGACCUGUGGAACAGCAAGACCAAAAUUUGCCCUACAGCAGGAACUGACAAAAGUGAGCUCCAAGGUGAUGGUUUUUGCAGAAGCAGCCAACAGUCCUCUUCAAAUGCACAUCACUGGACUAAAGGAGAGGCUCUGGAUGUGAGGGCAAUAUGGACACUGCAGACAGGUUUCCCCCUGGUGAUGGUCAUGGUAAGAGGGAAGAACAUCCACCUGCAGCAGGAGCGCUACGUGAGGGGAGAAGAUGCUCCUUCCUCUGCAGGGUCCUUGUGGCACAUUCCACUAACCUGCGUCACCAGUAAAUCUGACACUGUUCAGAGAUUUUUGAUGACAACCAAAGCAGCUGUGAUGAUCCUUCCAGAAGUGGUGGAUUGGAUCAAAUUCAGUGUGCACAUGAAUGGAUAUUACAUCAUGCACUGCGAAGACGGUGGAUGGAAUCGUCUCAUUAAGCUUUUGAGAAGGAACCACACCUUGAUUAGCAGCAAUGACAGAGCAAGUCUCAUUAACAACGUGUUCCAGCUGGUGAGAAUAAAGAAACUGUCAAUUUCCAAAGCUUUUGACUUGACUUUGUACCUGAAAGAUUCUGAAAGAGAAAUCAUGCCUGUGCUGCAGGGCCUGUGGGAGCUGAUCCCACUGCACAGGCUCGUGGAGAGGAGGGAGGACGUGGGUACCACAGGAAAAGAGCUGCAGGGGUAUCUGGUCAGCCUGUUCCAGGAGCUGACAGAGGAGCAGCCGUGGAACCAGGAGGGCUCAGUGUCACAGCGGCUGCUGCCACAGUCGCUGCUCUUUGCCUGCCUGCACGGGUGCCAGCCCUGCCUGGGCAGAGCCAGGGGGUAUUUCACAGCCUGGCAGGAGCCCCCUCCCGGAGGUGCCCUGGGGGCACAGACCCCUGAGGGCUGGGAUUUCCUGCUCAGCAAGUACCAGCUGCACUCCCUCAGUGCUGAGAGGCAGGACGUGGGGCUGGCCCUCAGCCUCAGCAGCAGGCAGGACCAGCUGCAGUGGUUAAUGGACCAAGGCCUGCGUGGUGACAUCAUAAAAACUGAGGAUCUUCCAUCUCCCAUCGCCCGUGUUGCCAACAACCCGGCUGGACACCGUCUGCCUCGGACACUCCGGAAAGAAAACUGGGAGAAACUUGUCGAGAAGGAAGGAGCACAGUUUGAGCUGGGCUCCAGUUCCAUCGCGAGCACCGUCACCGGCGUGAGGCAGGGAUGCUCCACCGGGGCACGGCUGAGCCCUCCUGGUGGCACAGAGUGCUCCCAGAAAUGGGAAUUUGGCUUAAACCUUAACACGCUGGAAGCUCGACCAGUUCUGAAGCAUCAGGGCAACAUCCUGCCUUUUCCUUGGAAAAGAUGGGUGCUGAGUUGGGUGAAAGAAUUCUUUGGUUCUCUGGAGGAGAAACGUGCACAACUCUGCUGUGCCCAGCCGGGCACUGAGGUCGUUGAACACCACGUGCAGGGGGUGGACAGGAACUGGGAGGGAAUCAGGACGUGGCUGCAGAAGAACCACCGGUUAAUUGAGGCUUCUUGCUUGUGUUUGUCAGAAACAACCGAAGAGCACUGA